AUGGAGCUCGAAAAAUCAAAAUCAAACUCAAUCAACGUUGCUCUGAGCUUCACAAAACAUGUACUCUCAAAAGAAGAAUAUCGGGAGAAGAACGUCGCCUUCUCGCCCUUGUCUCUGUACGCUGCUCUUAGCGUCAUGGCCGCUAGUGCAGAUGGCCCCACACACGACGACCAUCUCACCACCUUCUUCUCUCAGGUCCUCUCCCCUGUGUUCUCAUCUGGUGACGCUGCUGCUGAUUCACAACAUCAUCUGUGUUUUGCAAAUGGAAUGUGGGCUGAUAAAUCACUUUCACUUUCACAUUCUUUUAAACAAAUUGCCACCACUCAUUACAAGGCAGCUCUCAAUUCAGUUGAUUUUCAGACCGAGGGUGAUCAAGUUCUCCGUGAAGUGAAUUCAUUGAUUGAAAAAGAGAAUAAUGGUCUUAUUAGACAGCCUCUUCCUCCAGGGUCAGUGAGCAGCUCAACCAAGGUUAUGUUUGCAAAUGCAUUGCUCUUCAAGGGUGAGUGGAAACACAAGUUUGAUGGUGUACCAUCACGAAUUGUAUUUCACCUCCUUAAUGGCACCUCUGUUAUGGUUCCCACCAUGACAUGCAAAAAGAGGACACAGUAUAUUAGCGCUUUUGAUGGUUUCCAAAUCCUUCGUCUUCCUUAUAAACAAGGUAGAGAUAGAAAACGCCGCUUCUCCAUGUGCAUUUUUGUUCCAGAUGCCAAAGAUGGACUUCCAGUUUUAAUUCACAAGUUGUCUUCAGAAUCUGCUUUCUUGAAAGGCAAGCUUCCUCGGCGAAAAGUGCGAGUAGCAAGCUUCAGGAUUCCAAGUUUCAAUAUUCCUUUUACAUUUGAAGCUUCUAAUGUGUUGAAGGAGGUUGGAGUGGUUUCCCCUUUCUCUCAUUCGGAUGCGGAUUUUACAAAAAUGACCAAGCCUUCAGAUAAAUUAUACUUGGAAAACUUGUUUCACAAAGCUUUCAUUGAUGUAAAUCAAAAAGGCACAGAAGCAACAACAUCGGCCACUGCUUACUGUAGAAUAAGACUACAUCAUGCUAACUUUUCGAAGGGUAUAGACUUUAUGGCUGACUGCCCUUUCCUCUUCUUGAUCAGAGAAGAUUUUACCGGAACAAUCCUCUUUGUUGGGCAGGUGCUCAAUCCCCUUGAUGGAGCAGACCCGGUGAAGGAGGUUAGUGGUCGUCGUAGCCUGAGAAGUUAUCUUGUUGCUAAAUACAAAGAACAAUGUGUAGGGAGGGUUCAGGCUAAGUAUGGUGUAGGAAAAGUUUAUGAGGAUGUUUGUGGUAAGUGUGAUGUUGAUUUUGCAUCUCAAUCAAACCCUGAAUGCCAGUAA